AUAAACUUGAACUUUUCUAAUGUUCAAAUUCAUUUUUCAUUCCGGUUCAGGUCCUAGACCACUAAUGGCACUAAUCCAAACGACUAGGAUAGGAAACUACAGCGAUGGAGACGGGCGAAAUUUUAACGACAAGAAUCGAGCAUUUGUUAGAAAACAAUUUCCAAAUGACGGAGGUGCAACGGCAAGUCCUUCUGGGGCCGUUGAAGAGGGAAAUUUCGCAGCAUUUCGAAGAGGGCGACGUUUCCAUUAUCUCCGUAGGCUCCUGCAAAUACAUCGUAAUAGACGAUAAAUCCUGCAUGUACAAGGACUUCCCUUAUUGGUCUUAUGGAGUCCAUUCGAAACCUGGGCACAAUACAUUAUUAUUUGGUCGUUUUUUCAUUGAUAAACUGGAGGGUAGGCUGAUGAUCGGAGACGAUUUCCACAAAAUGCCCUGCGCAAUUACCAAUUCCUCGAGUAACCUUUCGAUAUUUUACAACACUUACGUUCUUUUGAAGGACUACAGAGUAAUUACGGAGGUAUUUAAGGAUCCGACCGUGAAAAAUUGGGAAUAUUUGAUUGUGGAUUUCGAGGAUAUUAUUAUGGUGCAUAACGUAGAGAAAUGUCCUUUAUUAGGUACGACGCCUCCGCUUGGAGAGUUUCGAUUUAAAGAGGAAAUUAUUAUUAUUCGAAAGAGCCAGGUUUCCCUGAGAGAACUUACUGUCAUUGCUAUAGAUAUUUAUUUAGAGAUUUUAUCGGUUAAAACCGGAAAAAGAGCUUACCUUACGUUGCCACAAUUUUAUACUCGCAUCCACCUGUUCCUACGAGAAGGAUUCAAAUACAAUUUGUACACCAACAAACUCUUCGCCACGAAACACAAUCACAAACUAAGAUCAAUCGAAAAGUUGGAAUGCUUCGUUGUAUCCCCCGCAGAAGCUGUGUAUUUCGAGGAACUCGAAAAGAUCGAUGAAAAUUUAACGAACAACGAGACCAAUUUAAUAUCAUUCGAGCGAGCCGUUUGUAACAGGGACUUUGUGGAGAACAAGUACGUGAACGAAUCGAGCUUGGCUAGAUUACCCAACGGAUUUAAAAAUUUAGAUAACAAAACCAACACGGUGGAUUUUUCGCAAUCGAAUGAAGCCGGCAUGAGGCUGUAUUUGAGCAAUGGGGAGUUGAAAGUGCGACCGAUUGGCCUCGUACCAUCCAUGAUACUGCGCGUUAGAAACGUACGAAAGAUGCCCAGGUAUCUACAGCCUACUGCGUUCACUACAAUCGAGAUAGUUAGUUACCAACCCAAAGUACCAGUUUACCAAUCGAAUUCGAUGGAAUCGACUAGGUAUUUCCUGAGCAACGGUCACGGAAUACCCGGAGGUGUGGUGGUUUGGAACGAGAUUUUCGAGACUAAAUUAUGCGAAUUGAGAAUAACGAGAAUCGUUUGUAAAGCGUGCAAAAGCAUCGAAGGACUAACAAAAUCUACUACUUGUUAUGAGGAUAAAAUGGAAUUCUCCAUGAUUUUAUUCACUGAAGAUAUUGCGGGUAGAAGCAGAGUAUUCUCGAAUUCUCUAACGAAUUCCAACCAUAUUAAUUCCGAAAGGUUGUUGGAAGUGUUCCGGUUAGUGACCGGUUUUUAUGGUAUUUAUUCAUUCCACGAUCAAGACCAGCCGGAUGAUACCCAUAACAAUCAAGCUCACCUGAACCAAGUGGAUGAUUCUUAUGUGUUUGAAUAUUUGCUGGAGAAAUUCGUACUAUAUUUGAAUCAAAGAGGCAAUAAGGACGAGGCUGCUCGUUGCGUUAAUUUAGCGGAGAAGUACAUCAAAGAGAAGAAUCGCGAGAAGGCCGAGAAGUUUCUCCACAAAGCGGAGAAAUUGUUUCCGACUCAGAAAGCCAAAGAUCUUUUGCUCCAACUGAACCUGAUACCACCGAACAACGUCGAGGCCACGCAGCCCAGGAAACGUACGGCCCUUAACAAACCCGAAGAGAAAGAAAAAACGCCCGACUACACGCCCGAACAGGCGGAGGCCGUCAAGAGGAUUAAAAAAUGCAAGGAUUAUUACGAAAUACUGGGCAUCAGCAAAGACGCCACCGAUUCCGAAAUAAAAAAGGCUUAUAAAAAGUUGGCUUUGCAAAUGCACCCCGAUAAGAACAAGUGCCCCGGCGCUUCGGAAGCUUUCAAAGCAGUGGGUAACGCUGUGGCUGUACUGACUGAUCCGGAAAAACGAAAACAAUACGAUUUGUAUGGAUCCGACGAGGAGCGAAUAUCAUCGCAUUCUCAUCACCACACCUACACGAGGGGUUUCGAAGCAGACGCCACGGCAGAGGAAUUGUUCAAUAUGUUCUUUGGAGGCGGUUUUACUGGCACAAAUGUCUAUUUUCGACGCGGUGGCAGGUUUCAUAGACAAACCGCUGCCAGUCAAAACCACCAAGAGCACCAGCACCAUCAGCGAGAGCAACAAAGCAGUUAUACAGCGUUUAUCCAACUUUUGCCUAUUUUACUAGCGAUUUUGUUAUCGAUGGCUUCGAGUUUGUUCAUCUCCGAUCCUGCGUAUAGUUUACAACAUAGCGGAAAGUAUCCCGUUUUGCGAAAGACCCACAACUUGAACAUACCCUAUUACGUGAAGGAUAAUUUCCAUUUGGAGUACCAAGGUUCGGUGAAGCGAUUAGAGAUGUCAGUCGAAGAGGAUUACAUACAAACGCUGAAGCACGCCUGCUACAGGGAGAAAAGUUACAAGGAAUCUAUGAUUUGGAAGGCGAGGAAUUUCGGUGACCAGGAGCUCUAUCACAACGCGCAGAACAUCAAGAUGCCUUCGUGCGAGCAACUUCAAAACCUUAGGUCGAGAUAGUUUUUUUUUUCUUAUCCACUAUUCAACAUCGUAUUUUAAAUAAUCAUUUCGCACGGCUAAAGUUGAAUAAUUUUAGGUAGAUUGUUGAUUUUAUGUUGUAUUAAAAUUUAGUAAAUUAUUUAAAUUUCUGUUGAAGUGUCUAGUCAUUAAGUGCUCGCAAAUUUUGUCACCGAGAGGUUAAUAAAAGGUAGGUAUUGUAAAAAAUUCGUUUCAAUACACUAUGUAACUAAUUAAAUCGCCAUUUUCUGUUAUUAUAACCCGUUAGUUAUCGAUCGAAUUGGUUAAAACACCACACAAAAUGAAUAAUCUUAAAGGUACUUUGUUAAAUUAACUGUACAUAGUUAAAUUCUAAGGUUGUUCCCAGCCGCUCAGCCAUUUUUGCCUUAAUUGUCUUCUCAAAGUGUCCCCGUCCAUACGUUUAACUUCUUUGCGGAAAGACUCGGAUAAUUUAAACUUAUUUUCAUCUACAGCAUCGACUUUUUUAAUUAUUUUCAAUUCUCCGUUUUCCUGAAGGUACGUGAUAUCAUCUUCUUUGGGAAACCCGUCCGGAAACGUUAUGGGCACGAUUUUAACCAAGUGCUUCACUCUCCAUAACCUCUGGUUAUUCUCCG